CACACUUUGAGAACUAAGGGAGUGUGAUCAAGAACAUCGACUGGAACAGACAGUUAGGAAAAAAAACACCCAGCAAGGGAAGGGAAAAAGCCAUGACCCUGAACAAUGUCACCCUGCGUCGCAGCAGCAGCAGCUGUGGUGCCUUGCAGCCUCAGCAACAGCGCUGGAGCGUUCCAGCAGAUGGGAAGCAUCUGGUCGUGCAGAAAGAGCCCCAAGAGGCAAAUCGCCAGAAAAGGUACACCCUCAACCCCGAAGGGUAUUACCGCAAAAGCUGGUCGUCAGAGUCCUCCGAUUCUGUCAUCUCCUCCGAGUCGGGAAACAGCUGCUACCGAGUCGUUCUCAUAGGGGAGCAAGGGGUUGGCAAAACCACCAUUGCGAGUGUCUUUGCAGGUGUGCAUGACAGCCUGGAUAGCGACUGCGAAGUGCUGGGAGAAGACACCUAUGAACGAACCUUGCAAGUGGAUGGUGAAAGUGCAACAAUAAUACUUCUGGACAUGUGGGAAAACAAGAAUGAAAAAGGAUGGCUCCAAGAUCACUGCAUGAAAGUUGGAGAUGCCUAUUUGAUUGUCUAUUCUAUCACGGACCGGGCAAGCUUUGAAAGAGCAUCUGAGCUAAGGAUUCAGCUUCGCAGGGCACGCCAAGCAGAAGACCUUCCCAUUAUUUUGGUGGGAAACAAAAGCGACCUAGUAAGGUGCCGUGAAGUUUCUGUUUCGGAGGGCCGAGCCUGUGCGGUAGUGUUUGACUGUAAGUUCAUUGAGACCUCAGCGGUUGUACAGCAUAACGUGAAGGAGCUGUUUGAAGGCAUCGUACGUCAAGUUCGUCUGAGAAGGGACAGCAAAGAAAAGAAUGAAAAGAGGCUGGCAUAUCAAAAGAGAAGAGAAAGCAUCCCUAAGAAGGCCAGGCGAUUCUGGGGGAAAAUUGUAGCCAGGAAAAACAAGAACAUGGCUUUCAAACUGAAGUCCAAAUCUUGCCAUGAUCUCUCUGUCCUUUAGGAAUGUGGGACAUGUCCAGACAUCCAUCUGUCACAAAUAUUCUACGUAAUUUCCAGAACUGAGAAAAAUCAAUCUAUAUUAGAUUGGUCAACAAGAACUUUAAGGCGGAUCUGGAUUCACAGUUGUGAUUAUUGUGAUGAUGUAUGCCUGCAAUACAGUAAGUGUGGCCUGAUGCAUGCAUGGAAGAAGAAAUGUCAUUUAUAUGUUUGGAUUAUAUUUGGAAUGAAUGCAUGUACUGGACUGGGGAGAGAAUUUUUAUGCUCUCUUAUGUGAAAGAACAUUCCGAACAAUAUAGUGAGAUAUGUCUGAGGAAACACAAGCUGUUUCCUGUGUUGCCUUUUGGAUAAUCAUUUAUAAAUCACAAAACGUUUGGAAAAUGGAGGA